UGACCAAACUGUAACGAGUCAGUGUAACUUUUGCUGUACGUACUAACUUGAACUUGUUAAGAGUUGCUUCGGAUUUUUUAAAGAAUGUUCUUUUUGUGGUUCCUAUUGUCCCUACUGGCGCUAUGUAAAAGUUGCUACGGACUGGAUCAUUUUCCGUUUCAUCUGCAGCACGCUGAAACCAGAUUGUACAUAGGUAAAGAUGCAGUCAGUUUGGUACAAUCCAAGGACAAAGCAGGAAUUUUCACACAUGGAACCGGGCUAAAUAGCUUAGAUACCGGAAAAUCGGUUGCAGUAAAAGGUGGAUGCAAGGGAAGCAACACAGAACUCACAUUAGCUGAUCCGGAGUACCGCCCGUUUCAAAAAUUCUCUUAUGAAAAUGGCAUCAUCGAAAGUAAAUGUGGUAAAAACAAAGUGGUUGUACCGGACAAAAAUAAUAAAACAGUCAUUUUGGAAACAAAAGAUUCUGCGAAAUUAAAACGCUACAAAUUUGAUUAUAUAAUUUUUUCGCGGUAAUUUAAAAUAGCAACAUAACUCUGAGGCAAUGCCUGAAUGGAGAAUCGUCACUUUUGCAUCAUCAUAAGACCAAACUAUUUGGAAAUUUAGAAUCAAAAUUUGUUUAGUAUGGUUUGUAUGGAUAUGACGGGGUAUGACGUAAUCUAUACAUCCAUUUUUAUAAAUUGGCAUCAAAUCUUGGUAAAUCAAGUAUGAAAAUACACUUGCCAUUAGUAAAAACGUUUGAAAUAUAUUUAAAAUUAAAUUUAAUUUAAAAAAAAAUAACAGACUAAAUUUAUUUCCGUAGGCAGUCGAAGAUAUUGUUCUGGGCUCUCAAUUAGAACCCACAUCGGUAAAUUAGAAACUGACUGCACCUCAUUAACACAAGAUUUCGAUUGAACUUGAGACUUUUCCCCAUUGUAGCAUUGCGUUUUGACAGAGUUUGCUUUUUCUUCGCCGAUAAAUAAA